AUGCAGCAAAUGGCCCGAUUACUUGGCACAAACGCGAUUUUGACGGGGCGGCUCUCGUCCUACACCAUUGUGAAAGAGCUGCACGAGGCCGUCGACAGAGCCGCCGUAUACCUUGCCAGGCGAAUUCCUGUCGCGACCAUUGAUCAACAUCUGCCAAGUCGCCAGAUCGAGCACAGGAACCAGAGCAGCGACAAGUUCGUCAUCAAGAGCAUCCGAGGCCAUUGGCGCCUGCGUAACGAAGCCAACGUCCUGAGGCGUUACCAGUCCAGGACUCCUUUCCUUCGCCCCCUGGUUGACGAGAUCCAAGAGUCGGCCGAUCCAUCGUCUAUUGUCCUCAGGUAUUUAGACAGCGACAUGCUGGCCGAGUCGAACAAGAAGAGACUGUCGCGCCCCGAGAUCAAACAGGUCGCCAGAUGCGUUCUUGAAGCCCUUCAGGUCCUGCACGACGACGGGAUGGUUCACACAGACAUGAAGCUGGACAACAUUUUCGUCAACCAUGGUCAGGGAGAUCGGCGCUUCUCCGACAUUCAGCUUGGAGACUGCGGAGGCGUUGUUUCCCAGCACUCAACAUUUGCUAGAGAAGGGCACCUGAUUGGCGCCGGUUUGACUCGUAGUCCUGAGGCUAUGUUCCAGCUACCGUUCGCAGACAAGGAUUUCCUUUUGAAGAUUAUGAAACUCGACCCCCGCGACAGGCCUUCGGCAGAGGACCUCCUUGCGGACGACUGGUUUACAGAAGAUUCACAGGACACUCGUGACCCGCUGCCGGGAGAAGCGAAGCAGCCCGAGAAGGAGGAGCAGUGUGUGUUGGAAUACCGAUCGGAUUAUUGA